CUCCCUCCCUCUUCCUUCAUGCUGUUUUUGCCUUGCUACACUGUCGCACUAAUGAGCAAGACCAUAGCUAUACCCAGCAGCACAGAUCUUCUGUCAGCUGGGCUGCAGCAACCAUCAGAGGCAGAGAGGCACCAAGGCUGAUCACCAGUCAGCUGGCUGGGAAAGCGAAGCUGUGAGAAAAAAACAAACAGGGAACACCACUGGGAACGCAAGAGAGAGAUUCACAGACAAAUUUCCAGUCAGUGAGAAAGUGAGGGAGUUGAGCUGCUAAUACUGCCAACCUUCACAGUGUGAAACUGACCUUCAGCUGCACUUUUCUUUCUCUGAGGACUACGAAGGACCCUUUUUAUUUUUGCAUCCAGCAAUGGAGGAGAUGCUCACCUGCAGCCGUAACCCUUUCUCCCAGGUGUUUGGGCGCCAGGGUCAGCUCAUGCAAGCCACUGUACAGUCUCUAAACAGCCUCAACGAUCAGAUUGCUAGCUUCAUGGUGACCGGACCCAAGUCACUGGAGAAGGAGGAUCAUGCAUAUCUUCCCCCUGAGAAGGAGACGCUGCAAAAAUCUAUGACCCUGAUGAGACACCUUCUUGUGGAUGCUCAGGCAAAAAUCCUGAAAAUGAUGGAUGACAACAAGCAGCUGGCUCAGCGCAUAGAUGGGGCCAUUCAGUCGGCCAGCCAGGAGGUGACCAACCUGCGCUCAGAGUUGAGUGCCACCAGCCGCAGACUGACCGAGAUGGGUGCUGGCGACCCUUCCGGUAGCAUGCUUGAGACCCUGCAGCACAACCACAAUGAUGCAUCUCCCCACACGAGGCAGAAGGUGCCCUCCACUGAGCUGGGCUACACCAGUGAAAUAAGCAGUCUAAUGGACUUCAACUCUCCUGAUGCCUCCCUGGACAAAGUUCUGCUACGUGAAGAGGUGGCACAGCUCCAGGAGGAGGUGCACCUGCUGCGCCAGAUGAAGGAUAUGUUGAGUAAGGACCUGGAAGAAAGCCAAGGAGGAUGCUCAGCCGAUGUACUCUCUGCCACCGAGCUCCGCGUGCAGCUGGCCCAGAAGGAGCAAGAGCUGGGCCGAGCCAAGGAAGCUUUGCAAGCCAUGAAGUCAGACCGUAAGCGUCUUAAGGCGGAAAAGGCAGACCUGGUGAACCAGAUGCAGCAAGUUUAUUCCACGCUGGAAAGCCGUGAGGAGCAGCUCCGCGAUUUCAUCCGCAACUACGACCAGCACAGAAAAGAGAGCGAGGAUGCAGUGAAGGCUCUCGCCAAAGAGAAAGACAUGCUGGAGAGAGAGAAGUGGGACCUGCGGCGGCAAACCAAAGAAGCCACCGAGCACACGGGGAUUCUUCGCACUCAGCUUGACCUCAAAGAAAACCGCAUCAAAGAGCUGGAGGCUGAAUUGGCCAUGGCCAAACAGUCGUUAGCCACCCUGACCAAGGAUGUGCCCAAACGUCACUCGCUGGCAAUGCCCACCGAGACAGUUGUCAACGGCAACAACCAGGAGUGGGUGAUGCAGGCAGACCUCCCCCUCACCGCUGCAAUCAGACAGAGUCAGCAGACUCUCUACGUUCACACAGGACAUCCCACCGACAGACAAGUGGCUGCUGUGCGGUUGAGCCCGUGCCACUCGCGUCAGCCCUCCAUCAUGUCCGAAGCCUCAGCAGCUGAGGGAGACAGGUCGUCCACACCUAGUGACGUCAACUCUCCACGUCAUCGGACUCACUCGCUCUGCAAUUCUCUAGAAGAUCUGGAGAUGGCGAAGUGUAAGAAGAAGAAAGAAAAGAUGGGCCUUGGCUCUUUGUCACGUGUCUUUUCUCGGGGAAAGCAGCGCAAGUCCCUGGACCCCGGUUUGUUUGACGGUACUGCAACACCUGAUUAUUACAUAGAAGAGGACGCCGACUGGUAAAAAGCCUCUGUGGAAGUGAUCAGACGGCGUUGCUGAGCAUGUAUGAAGGUGUACAAGUGUGUGUGUGUGUGUGUGUGUGUGUGUCAAGCUGCCAGACAGGGUGGAGAAUCCAAACAAGCAAAUUGCACCUGUAUGUAUGUAUGUACAAUACUGUAAAUAGAGUAUGACAACAUGGCGAACAACGGUUUUGUUGUUGGACCUUUCCGAUGUUCUACAUUUUGACUUUCACUCAACUGGAAACUUGAAGGACUGCUGUACGUGUAAAUAACUGCAGUUGAUGUGCACUUUGUGUGUGUAAAUGUGUCCUUGUCCUGAAUGCCUUUUCUUAUUUUUGAUAUGUAACCCCUCCUUUAACCCCCCUGUUUACUGUCCUGCUUGGUUCAUUCCUCUCCUCCCACACUGCCAUGAUGAGAAGAGUUUUCCUGUGGGCUGACUUGCAGAAACCCCUCAAAUCCAUCCCAAAAGCAUAGCCAGGAAAACUGAUUUUAGAGUCUCUUUUAGCGGAAUGACCUUUCCAUGCAGAGCAGUUUGUUCCCUAGCAACGUGAGGCCCAACAGGAAUUGUGGGAAAUGUGAUUUCUAUCUGUUUAGAUAGAAGCCUUUUAUACAUGACAUAUCGUGCCAUGCAUGCAUAUACUGUACAUCAUAGCUCCUCUCCCAGAAUGCAUGCUAUUUAACAGAGACAUCUCUCUACACUGUUUGUUUAAGAAAAGAGAGGUCAGUUACUCAUAUCAUACUCUGUUCACUUCACAUGGAGAAACCCUAUUUACACAUUCUCAUUCAUUGUAAUUAAACAUAAGCAAUUGAGAGAUCUUUAUGUCAACAAUUGGAAAAAUAUUCUUAUUAAUAUUAUAGAUAUACAGUAUAUAUAAAUAUGUAAUAAUAUAUACAGUAAUUGUAAAUGUCAUUUAUAUAUAAAUAUUAUUUUGAAUUUUUAAAUUAGCUUUUAAUUUUAAAACUAACAUGAUAAAAUCACUAAUGGCGUAUAUUAAAAUACUGUAUUUCCUCAUCUGGUGGCUAUGAGCAUUAAACUACUCAAUUGCAGUAGUCUAUAAUACGGAUUGAGGCAUUUAUUUUUGCAAAAGAAUAUCAGUUAAUAUUGUUUAUGUGUUCCACAAAUAAGACAUUUAAAUACGACAUUUAAUAUAUAUUUUUCUUUUUUUAUAUAUAUAUUAUUUUUGCCCUCCAUGAGGCCAACACUGUACAGCAGUGGUCCCCAACGUUAUUUCACCCACGGACCGGCUUGUGUUCCCACAAAUUUCCCGUGGACUGGGGGGGCACGGGUUUUGUACAUUAUAGCGAUCUAAUUUAUCUUAUUUAUUAUGUAUUGUGUAAAACUAAGACAUGAAUAACUUCACAUUAAAAGCACAAAAUGAAUGCCGACCCACCAUCCACCAGUUCAAGCCUGGAGUUUUUCCAGAGAGAUUAUCACAUCGCUCGCUGUUUGACGUGUGUGGUAAAAGGCAGUGUGCUAGCAUGAAUUAACUUGAGACAAAUGUGCACAUUAGCACUCAAUAAGUCAUCAAAACGUACCUUUAUGCAUUCCCACAUAGUAUCAGCAUUUGAGACCAAAUAUGAGGUGAAAGAAAAAUGGAAAAAAUAAAAAUACAGUAGUAGUCUAAUCUGUGCGGCGAGAUAAAGUUAGCACACGCACAAUGGACAUGCGUCAAGUGAGACGGAUGUAACAUAGAGAAUCCAGCCACUUUUCAUAAUAAAACAUAAAAAAAAUAAAUAUGGAAAUGAUUUUUUCUUUCUGUGCGGCCUGGUACCAAAUGACCCACAACCCGGUACCGGGACGUGACCCCGGGGGUUGGGGAUCACUGCUGUACAGCAACAGCACAUUCUCUUUCAUCUCGAUUUUAAAUGCCAGCUUUACAGAUGCCACGUAAGGGUCGCGUGACUUGUGAUGAUGACGACAUCUAGUGCCACACAUAUUCAAGGUUAUUACAUCCAUCAAAUUUUUGAACUGAGGCGUCCAUUUUUACAAGUGGACGACACGCUCAACGAUGAAUCGAGGCACAGUGUUUAUUCAAGUGGGGCCAUUCUUCGAGGGAAUACAGUAUAUGUGACAUAAACAUUAAUUUAACGAAUUGAAAUCUGAAAGAAAAGUGACAAAACUCAAAUUGAAUGACGCUAAUUAAACAAAGACACAUGCAAACCUUUUAAUCGUAACCUUGUGAUCUCACACAAAGAUAAAGCAAUUAACGUUGUGCCAAAGGUUAAUAGCAUUUCUUCAAAGAGAGACAUUAUUUCCACCCUUUCAUUGGAUUGAGCCGGUGCCUGCACAACCUCACCCCCAGGAAAUCUUUUUUCUCCUGAUAUUAAUCUACCACUAUGUAUUUGUCACGUUCCCCUGCAAUACUACAGAUGUCACAGAUUAUGCUGUGUGUGCGUGUGGGAACAUUUACCCCAACCCAGAAAAUUAUGAGAACACAACACAAAAGUAAUUAUGCAUUUAUUUGUAUGUGUAACCACUCGGUUACAGUUUAUUUCAUGAAGCAUUUAUUGUUUUGUUCUCUUGCCAACUUUUAUAAUUAGCCUCUCUUGACAGUUGUUUGAGCCAGUCUUCUUUGUUUAUUUUUAUUUUUAACUUUUUGUAAAUGGGAUAACAUAAUAGAAUUUAAAAUAAUAACAUUAUUAUCAUUGAAGAAAUUUAUUUAAAAAUAGCGGUGUGCUGAGAUGUGUACAAGGCAUGGUUAAGAAAUAAAAAGAAACAGAAAACACAUAGGAACUAAAUGGGAAAAAUAAGACUAUUUUAAAAUAAAAAGAAGUCAUGUUGAAUUUUAAUGUGGCUCUCCUCUCUUUCCCUGUCUUAAUAUGUGUGAGUGUGUGUGUUCAUUUGUGGCUCUAAUCCUGAUUCAUGCUGGGGGUGCUGCCAUUUUAACAUAUGUGCCAGUGUCCCUCAGCCUUGUGAGUCCAUCUGUGAAAGGAAGUUUUCCUCUUUCCUCUCUUUCCAAACAUCAUUGCACUUCUUCUGGCUUGCAUUCAAAUCAAGACACGAGGAGAGAGGGAAAGGAAACUGUGGAAAAAUCAACACAUGAUGUCAAUAAUAGUGUGUGCCUGGUGCUUUGACCCCUGACCUCUUAACACCUGCCCCUUGUUGUCUGACCUCCAAUGGACUGUCAACCCAGUGAUGUGACCCAAGAAGACAAUCAAACUGGGUGUUCCAGAAAGGUACACUGGUUCCAUGUUUGAAUGUGACCUCUAACUCUUAAAACAAAUGUCAGUGCUUCUUCAAGUUCAAUCGUCUUCUCCUUAAAAACAUCACAGUGGAUUAAAGCGCUCUAAAUGUAGCUUAGCAUCCAGAAUGGUGUUGUAUACAUUUUUAGUACAUGCAUCUGUUAAUCGUGCACACGUGAUCAUAAGCCGCGGCCACCAAAUUUAGAGAGAAAAAAGCCACAGGUAUCUAUAAACCACAGGUGCCCAAGUUGUAACACACAGAAACACAAAGUAUAAACCUUGCAAUCCUACCUACACUCAGUGUUCCCAGAGUCACUCGUUAGCGCCAAUGAUGACAAGUGACACGCUUUUUUUUUUUAGUUCAACAGCUGUCACGAGGCUGUCAUCAGAAGCUGUAGUAAUUAGUUCUUCACAACACAAGUCUUACAGCACCCACGCGGUGAACUGUCGGGGGUGGGAAGCAGAGAGGACGUUCAACAUUAGUGCAGACCUGCCAACGUGUAUGAAUGCAAUUUGACUCUUAAAUACGCUUGUAUGCUUCACUGCACUCCAUUUUUUGCUUUUCACUGGUUUCACUUUUGAGUUCAGUCUCUACAUUACAGGUAAAUAAAUAGAUAAAAUAAAUAGAUAUCAGUAUUUCAAAUCGGGAGGGGGGGGGAAACAUUUCUGUCCCCCAGUGGUUGCAUGACAGGAAAUUGAGAACCACUGCCUUAACUGAACCAUUGGAAGGUCAGUGACAUUAGUUACUAAAGAUCAUGUUUAAUUAGUGCGCUACUUAAUAGCUUGGGUGAAUGUACAUCAUGAAAAAUGAUGGAUGAUCUUCCCGUAUGUUCAAGUUAUUACUUCUUGUGAACUUUUAAAACACUUGUCAUUUGAAGUAGAUGAAUCAUGAUGAUGCUCAGUAGUCAUUCAUUUAUUUCAUCUUGGAGCAGUAAUGGCUCCACACUGCCAUCUGCAGGAGAAGCCGUUGAAAUGUCACAAAAUGCAAAAAAAAAAAACCCAAAAGUUUAGUGUUUUUACCUUACUUUUUUUUUUAAGAAAUCUGUUGUCGCUGCUACUCACACUGCCAACAACAUCACCCACCCACAUGUCCUCCUCUCCCUCGCCCCUUACUUCCUCCUCAUUCACGCACUCACCCAGACUCAGACAGCGUCUCCAGCCCCACACGCCUCAGCCUCAGCUUGCCG